AUGAAUGCUGAAGCCUCAACUCCGAUUUUUCGAGGCCUCUUGCAGAGUGCCAGUCCCAAGUUGCGCCCGCAGUGGCGACGGGCGGCCGCGUUUUUGUGUGCUGAAAAGCUGAGGUGGACCCCACUAGCAGCUGAGUUGGAAUCCACUUUGGCUCACCAGACACAACGUCUCACUGAGCUCUUGGCGAAACAAGGUCGUGACGUUCCACCUGACUUCCUCCUGCCCUUCCCAUUGCUCUGCGACGUGCAGCGCCAGCCGAUGGAGGGAAUGCUGAGCCAGAGUCAUGCUGCACUUCACAGCGCUACCCCGGGUCUUUGCAUCGCCGAUGAACGAUCACUCGAUGCGCUGGUGCCGGUGACGCCCACGGGAUGUAGCUGCAGGGCGCAGCCCAUCCCCUGCUUUUCGCCCGGGCGCCGCGCCUCCGCCAGCCGCGGCUCGUUUCGGCGCGCCCGGCGGGCGCUGGUGGCGGCGUUUGAUUUGCAGAUUCCGUUGGAUGAACAGUACAGGACGUGGGGAUGGCAUGAUGCGCCACUGGACUUUCUGCAGAACUUCGAUCUGAGCUUGACCUCUGGCGAUCCUCCAGAGAGAGUUCUCCUAUUGCCCCCUGCACACUUGGCGCGAUAUCCGCUGACACCGCGCACACGCCAGAGGUGGUGGCCGUCGGAGGGUGGCCGUCUUGUUGCGCCGUGGUCAGAUUCGCCUGGUGGAAGUGCCAUGGAUCGAGCCACCAGCGGGGUAGCCAAGUGA